CACAAUUUAGUGAAGCGAUGGAACGAAUUAUAUUGUGCACAAAAUUCAGUAAAAUGAGGAAACUAAUUAUAUUGUGCGCACAAUUUAGUAAAACGAGGGAAUUAAUUAUAUUGUGCGCACAAUUUAGUAAAACGAUGGAACGAAUUAUAUUGUGCGCACACUAGUAAAACGAUGGAAUGAAUUAUAUUGUGUGCACAAUUCAGUAAAAUGAUGGAACGAAUUAUAUUGUGCGCACAAUUUAGUAAAACGAGGGAACUAAUUAUAUUGUGCGCACAAUUUAGUGAAGCGAUGGAACGAAUUGUAUUGUGCACAAAAUUCUGUAAAAUGAGGAAACUAAUUAUAUUGUGCGCACAAUGUAGUAAAACGAUGGAACGAAUUAUAUUGUGCGCACAAUUUAGUAAAACGAUGGAACGAAUUAUAUUGUGUGCACAAUGUAGUAAAACGAUGGAACGAAUUAUAUUGUGCGCACAAUUUAGUGAAGCGAUGGAACGAAUUAUAUUGUGCACAAAAUUCAGUAAAAUGAGGAAACUAAUUAUAUUGUACACACAAUUUAGUGAAACGAUGGAACGGGGGAAUGAAUUAUUAUAUCGUGCACACAAUUUAAUAAAUCAAGGAAACUAAUUAUAUUUUGCGAGGGAACAAAUUACUAUAUCAGGCACACAAUUUAGUAAAAUGAGGGAACAAAUUAUAUUGUGCACAAUUUAGUAAAAUAUUAUUGUCACGGAGUGAAGGUAGACGAAUGCAGAUUUAUAAUAGUAAACAGGGUUUAAUUCAACAAGCAGGCAGAUACGUAACAGGCAGGAACUUAAAUACACAGAUAAUGACUAUUACAUGGAAACAGCUGACAAGACUUGGUAUAGUGACAUUACGCCCCCCUCGGAAAAGGCGUGUCCUCGCGCCGUGACAAACAAAGUCUCUGAAGAGGAAAGAGGGCGAGGCUUUGGUGGAGGGUGUGGAGCUGGUGACGGACAGCAGCCUGGGGUAGUUGGCCAUGGGCACCAUGGUGGAGUUGAUGGUGGGAGGAGCCAGGGUGGAGUCCUGACUGCAGGAGUGGACGGAUCCCUGGGGCUGAUCGACGGACGCAGAACCAUGGUGAGUGAAGGCACCGGCAGAACAUUGCGGCUACUGGAUGUGGGCGACAUUGCAGGCCUGGAAACCUGCCGCUGAGCUGCUGGUUCGCAAGACCAAGGCGAUGACGGGAACUCGGAUGACCGGGGCGACGAUAGGGUGAGGUCGGAGGAAGGGAGGAGCCCAAUGAUGCUGUAGGGGUGCAGGGUUCAGGCGCAGCUGGAACCCCAGGAAGUCCUUAGCGGAAGCUGGGCGUCGACCGUCGGAGGCCGAUCUGGAGUGGCGAGUGAGCCCAGCGGAGCAUCCGGACAGAUGGGUCGCGGAGGCGAUGAGGGAGCGGUGAGCCGAGGUGAUGGUGACGGGCUGACAGGUCGAGGUGGAGACGUGGGCCUGGAGGUCUGAAGUGGAGGUGGGGACUGGUGGAAGUGAAGCCCGAGGCGAGGAAGCUGAGCCGCACGGAGUGAGCAGCUGGGGCAGAGCCGAGGAGCUUGACGAUACCAGUGGUGCCAACGGAUCCAGGGGGCUGGCUGUGACCGGAUCAGGAAGUCAGGCAGGGAUACAGGCUGAAGAAGAUUUACGGAUGGGACCCGAGCAUCCAAAUAGCCAGACGGGACCUGCGAAGACAAGGAGGAUUCGAGGGUGGGGACUUGGAUCCGCGGACCACAGAUCGUUGAGGUUCAGGUCCGCUCCUGGAUUGACCAGUUUGCGUCAACUCCGGGGCUUCGAUGUUCUCCGGCUCCGGUUUUGGAACGACCUCUGUGGGCGCCUCAGGCUCACUGGCUGUGAGGGAGAGGCCGCCAUUCCGGAGCAUUGAGGCCAGGUACCCUAGAUGAGGAGAAGCCGCAGCGCUGGUGACGCCGUCCAGCACCGAGUUCACCUUCCGCACCGAGAGGACGGUGCCCAGGCUGGGUGUGAUGCUGGUGGGAUGGGGUGGGAAUAACGGGACCACGGUCACAGCUGCUGUCCUGGCCAAUAAACUGGGUCUGACCUGGAAAACCAAGACCGGAGUGAAGAAAGCGAAUUAUUACGGCUCAUUGCUGGAAUCUUCCACGGUGUGUUUGGGAUCCGGACCUGACGGAGAGGUUUACGUUCCCUUCAGAGAUCUGCUGCCGAUGGUGCAUCCAAAUGACAUCGUUUUUGAUGGCUGGGAUAUCUCGUCUCUGGAUCUGGGCAGAGCCAUGGAGCGCGCUCAGGUUCUGGACUGGAGCCUGCAAGAGAAGCUCCGCCCACUUAUGGACCAGCUUAAGCCCAGACCAUCCGUCUAUAUCCCAGAAUUCAUUGCUGCGAACCAGGAGUUCAGGGCUGAUCACCUCAUCAGAGGAACCAAAGCUGAACAGGUGGCACAGAUCCGCAGAGACAUCUGUGACUUCAGACAGAAGAGCGGCAUUGAUAAAGUCAUCGUUCUCUGGACCGCAAACACCGAGAGAUUCUGUGACGUCAUUCCAGGCGUCAAUGACACUGCGGAGAAUCUGCUGAACACCAUUGAGACGGGAGGGGAAGUGUCUCCUUCCACCAUGUUCGCGGUGGCCAGUAUUCUGGAGGGUUGUGCGUACAUUAACGGAUCCCCGCAGAACACGUUUGUGCCCGGAGCCGUGGAUCUGGCCAUCCAGCGCGGAGUCUUCAUCAGUGGAGACGACUUCAAAUCCGGCCAGACUAAAAUCAAGUCUGUUCUGGUGGACUUCCUGGUCAGUGCGGGAAUCAAGCCCACUUCUAUAGUGAGUUAUAAUCAUCUCGGCAACAACGACGGGCUCAAUCUGUCGGCGCCGCAGCAGUUUCGAUCUAAAGAGAUCUCAAAGAGUAACGUGGUGGAUGAUAUAGUGCGGUCCAACCCGAUACUGUACCAGCCCGGAGAGAAACCUGACCACUGUGUGGUUAUUAAAUAUGUGCCCUAUGUGGGCGACAGCAAGCGUGCGAUGGAUGAGUACACCUCCGAGAUCAUGAUGGGCGGAACCAACACCAUCGCUAUGCACAACACCUGCGAGGACUCUCUGCUGGCCAGUCCCAUCAUCUUGGAUCUGGUGAUCCUGACAGAACUGUGUCAGAGAAUCACAUUCUGCACUCGGGAGCAUCCAGUUUUCCAGAGUUUCCACAGCGUCCUGUCGCUGCUCAGCUUCCUCCUCAAAGCCCCUCUCGUGCCACAGGGGGCGCCGGUGGUCAACGCGUUCUUCCGGCAGCGUGCGUGCAUCGAAAACGUCAUGAGGGCGUGUCUCAGCCUCCCGCCUCAGAAUCACAUGCAGCUGGAACACAAGAUGGAGAAGAGCUUCAUGCAUUCAGAGGAAAACCACAUCCAUCAUCCUGUCCUCAUCAAUGGAAAGAUUGACCACAUCAGUGCUUAUCAGUCGGCCAAAUACAUCGAGAUUAAAAGUCAUGAGAAGAUGCAGCACUCAGUCUCAUAGAAACCUUCAUAUUGGAGCAUGAAAACAAAUCAAGACGUAAAUGUUUAGUACUGAGUGCACUAUUUUAGGUAGAAUUAUGCAUUAUUUCAGUCCUUUACAAAUGCACAUCCUUAAGUGAUUUUUGGAUAUGCAUUUGACAAUGAAAAUAUGAAUGGCUUCUGUUCUUGUUUAGUGAGUACUGUAUUUCUGGAUGAAAUAUUCAUCUGUGUUAUUCUCAACCGUGGAAUUUUUCCCAGGUUUUGCAUAUUAAUACACUGAAAACCACCAGUUUUUGUUGGUUAAACAAAAUGAAGAAAAAACAUCAUUCCUGAAAAGUGAGAAUUGUUGCAUUUGCAAAUAAAUGCAGUAGAAAAUGA